AUGCAACAGCCCUUUGGGGCCGAGUUCGCUUAUGCCCUUGGGACGGUAAUCGCCCCAUACUGCGAGGCGAUGGUGCAGCAAAGGUCCACUGCUGCAAUGGCUUCGUUCGUGCAGAACCUGAGGCCGGAGGAGGUGACGCAGGGCACGGACGAUCGCCGCCAGCAGCAGCAAAUGCUGUACGAGCACGCAGAUCAGCUGAUGCAGCAACACAUGCAGGCUACAGGGGCGAUGCCGGUGCAGGCAAGCGAGAAGCAGAAGCAGGGCAUGGGCGAGGGAUCCAAGCCGCAGGAUGGGCCCAAGGCGACGAAUCCUACGCCUCCGGCCGAUGCGAGCCCAUCGCAGCAAGAGCAGCCGAAGAUCACGGUGGAUCCACCUCCUUCGAAGGGCCAUGCAAGAAAGGUGGCCAGGUACAGGACGGAGGGCGGCACCUUGGAGGUCUUCCUCCGCUUUGUGCCGAAAGGCUGUGAAGCAGUCGAGCCGGCCGUGAUUGAAGGGCAGGGCUCUGAUGCCCCAGUGCCGGGCAGUGCUCAGGCCUCAAGCUUUGUGCCACCGCCUGCGAGUACGACUACGAAUGCACCGCCCCCGCCACCUCCGCCGCCCGACAGCCCGCCGCACAUGGAGUCCAGACCGAAGGUUCCGUCGCCAGCAGCACCGCCCAAAGCUCGGCCGCAGCAGUCCACGCCGGGCGAGAUCGUCGUGCUGCCGAAGCUUGACGCCGAGGAGGAUAUGAAGAAGAUGGCAGCCAGGACCCCCGCCAAGGAAGGUGAGGGCAAGGAAGAGAAGCCGGAAACCCCGGCAUCGAAAAAACGCCGUGUUCGGAGACGCCUCUUCGAGACCCCCAAGAAGGAGUCUCCGGCCGCAAAGAGUGAAGUCUCGAACGGGGAUGACUCGGGCGAGGAUGGUGAUCUGUUUGCAGGCAGGUUUCGCCUCAAAGCCAGCAGCAGCUUGCCAGCGAAGCGAGAGGCCCUGAAUCGUGUGCCGUCCCGGUCCAAGAACAAGAGACGCCGGGCAGGGAGCAGUCCUGGACCCAACACCGGCUCCAAGGCCUCCGAAGCUACCAAGCAUGAGGAUUUUGAGCCUGAGGAUGGCCCUGCUUUGGAUGUCAAAGAGGAGGCUGAGCAGGCGAAGAAGCCUGCACCAGCCCCGCCGCCCCCCUUGCAGCCUGCCAGCGAGGUGGACUCCGAGGUCUUGCAGUUCCUUCCCAAAGGUCUUGCCGAGCCAGAUAUUGCCAUCAUCAUCGACAUCUUGAUUUCAGAGGACCUGCUGACGAUGCAAGAUUGCCAGGAGAACUUGGCGGAUCUGGAGACGAGCAGCUCGGCUCUCUUGGGCACGUCUGGAUUGCCUUCUUGCAGCAUUGACAGUGCCAUCUCAGGCGAUGUGCUUUCCAUGCUGGGGGCAAGUGGACAAGCUUUGUUCUCCAAGCUCACGAUCAAAGGGAAGCGAGGAUUUUUGGGGUGGCCAGCAAAGCUGAAGGCCAGGAGUUUCCUACAUCAGUUGUGCUUUCCUUGUCUCUGA